AUGCUCUUUCUGCACCAGGCCAAGCCAGAGCCGCUAGUUCAUCGGGACCUCAAGCCAGCCAACAUCCUCCUCGACCGCAACUACUUGAGAAAGAUGAGCAACGUCGGCCUGGCGCGCCUGGUCCCGCCGUCGGUCGCCAACCAAGUCAGCCGGUACCUGAUGACAUCCACCGCCGGCACCUUUUGCUACAUCAACCCGGAGUACCAGCAGACGGGCAUGCUCGGCACUAAAUCCGACAUAUACUCAUUCGGCAUCCUGCUUCUCCAGAUCAUCACCGCCAACCCGCCGAUGGGCCUCACGCAUCCGGUGGAGAGAGCCAUCGAGAGGGGAACCUUCAUGGAGAUGCUCGACGCCACCGUGAAGGACUGGCCAGUGGAGGAGACGCUCGGGUUCGCCAAGCUCGCUCUGAAGUGUGCAGAAUUGAGGAGGAAGGACCGGCCGGAUCUUGGGAAGGUGGUGCUGCCGGAGUUGAACCGGCUGAGGAAUCUUGGGCAUGCUUAUGAAUCUAGCUCCAUCGGCAGCGACGGCACUGCCACCAGCAGAAGCAGCUACUGCAGCAACGGGCAACACAGUUACGGCGAGCCAGAUCUCUCGUCAAUCCGUUUUCGUAGGCAUCACCAUUACAAAUGCCACGCUUAG